AUGCAUAUUCCAAGCCUCUUGUCUCUACCAUCCGCAUUUAUCCUACUCGUCUGUGCAACGUCAUCAUCCGCCGAUGCACCAUGGCCGCACAAUCUGCCCGGUCACGUGAAGUACUUCCCAGAAGAUGAAGUGCUUGCGAAGCGUGGCUUGAGUAUCAAGGAAAAACUCCAGAAAGAGAGGCCGAUUGGGGUCAAGAAAAUGAGUGUAGACGAGGGCGAAAUGUUCAUGCUGGACAACUGGAUAUUCGCGUCUGAUUUGGACAAGAGAUCGGACUCUGAAGACCUUGGGAAUGGGACAAGUCAAGCACGCUCGCCACUAAGGCCCCUUGCCGACGAAGACUUCUUCUCACAUAUUCACAUCAGAAAUGUUCUUUUGAAGAGGCAAUUCAAGUGUCCACAAGGAACUAAUAGUUGCUCCUCGAUAGGCGCACCAGAUGUUUGUUGCGGUACUGGAAGUACAUGCAUAAACGUCAAUGGAAACACCGAUGCUGGUUCAGUAGGUUGUUGCCCGCAGGGUCAGACUUGUGCGGGAGCCAUCAGCUGUGAUACCACUAAAGGAUAUUCUUCAUGCCCCAACUCUUCUAAUGGCGGAUGCUGCUUACCCGGAUUCCGCUGUCAGGGCAUUGGUUGUGUUUUCGAGGGUACAUCGAUAACUUACGUUCAACCGCCGACAUCCUCUCCACCCUCUCCACCAUCCUCAACAGCUGUGGUCGUAGUCCCCACUACACCUUCGACCACCUCGACAGAAACAUCGAGAUCCGCCUACACCUGCUCGACCGGCUGGUUUUCUUGUCCGGCAAAUGUGGGUGGCGGAUGCUGUCAAAACGGACGGACCUGUGCAACAGGCGCUUCUUGUCUCGGCGAUGGACUAACUAGUACACAAGCACCUUCCGCCCCUGUGCGACCAACGAGUGGCUCUGUCUCUUCAGAGUCUGUCUCAACAACUGCAGAAUCCACAGAUGAUACAUGUCCGACUGGGUUCUACGUAUGUAGCGCGUACUAUCCAUCGGGAUGUUGCAGAGUCGGACGAGACUGUCAAACCACGGGGUCGUGUGCUCUUCCCACCGAAACGAUCCUUAGCAGCAACGGUGUAGUUAUCGUAGCGCCCACCGGGGCUGGUGUGGCGACCACGGCUGCUCCACAAAGUGGCUCUUGUCCAAAUAGCUGGUACAGUUGCCCUGCAAAUCGUGGUGGAAACUGCUGUCCGAAUGGCUACGAGUGUGGUGAGCAAUGCACGGCUACGGGGUCAGGGCAGUCUGGUGUUUCGCAGAAGGUUGCGCCCAGCACGGCUUCGUUUGUGUCAGGAAUUUCGGUGUACAUAAUGGCUUUUGCUGCGUUUUCAGCUGGUGUUGCUAUGGUUGUCUUAUAG